GCGUCCGUUAGCGGCUAAGUUAGCUGUCCUUUGGUAGCUGCCGCUAGGUCUGUUUUAGCAGUAAAAGUCUCAUGAUUCUUGUAUGACAGAAAAAGGGAGGCGCUGAGUUAACAUGUGCGAGCUGUUGGUGAAAGAAGUGUCCAGUCAAACUGUGACACUCUGUUGCUGGCAUGUCUCUAGUUAGAGCAUCCUUUAGACGUAGCAGCCGCCUGCACACCGUUAGUAGUCAUUAUAACGUUAGCAGCCAGGUUAUCUAUGUAAUAGACUUUAGUUUACGGGACACAUACUGUAUGUAGCACGUGCUCGUAUUUAUGUUCACUUGUCACUUUUCGUGACUCUAGCGUCGACCGCUGACACCGACCGGACCCACCUGAACAGAGAGGACACAGACAUGGACAGAGCCUUGAACUCAGAUGCUGUGAUGGAUACCAAGGCAGUAUUUGCGGCCCUGUACGGUGUGUGCGAAGAAAAUGCAGCUUUCUUCUCAGGGGGAGCCAAGGGGUCACAGGGUGAUGCUGCACGGCGGCUGGUGGAGGCCAUGAAGCAGAUUCAGGAGCACGCUCACAGUCUGGAACCUGUUAUUUCUGGCUUUGCUAAUGUUUACCAUCACUUUGAUUUUGACCCACAUAUACCAGCUAAUGGCUAUCGCUCCCUGGUCAAGGUUGUGCGUUGCUGCCUUCUCCACAUCAUCCACAAGGGCCGCUACAUCACAGCCAACCGCCGGAGCAUCUUCUUCCGAGCAGCACAUAAUGCAGGGGAAAUGGAGGCGUACUGUAAUGCUCUGUGCCAGCUGCGUGCCCUGCUUUACCUGGCUCAGCGCAUGCUACAUGACAACAGCCACGGCAAUUUGUUUUUCCAGGAUGAAAGCGGGCUCAGCGAAAGUUUUGUCCGUGAAUACGCAUCCAUGCACAAGGGUUGCUUCUAUGGCCGUUGCCUGGGCUUUCAGUUCACUCCAGCCAUUCGGCCCUUUCUUCAGACCAUCGCUAUCGGCCUUGUGGCCUUUGGAGAAAACUACAAGCGGCAUCAGUCAGGAAUAGGGGUAGCAGCCAGCUCUUUCUUUACCUCAGGAAAGUAUGCCAUUGACCCCGAGUUGAGGGGGACUGAAUUUGACCGCAUCACCCAGAACCUGGAUGUCCAUUUCUGGAAGACAUUCUGGAACAUCACUGAAACUGAAGUCCUGUCUAGUCUUGCCAGUAUGACAUCCACUCAAGUCAAGGUAAACCGAGCUCUUUCUGUGCCUCCUGCGACCUUUGACCUUCCCUUGGCGGCCAACCACAGAGCAUCAGUAACUAUAGCUCCACCAUCAGCGCACAUCGGCACUGCUCCUGUUCAGAUGAGACUCAUUUCUUAUGACCUGCGUGAAGGACAGGACAGUGAAACACUGCUGUCUCUGUCCCGCUCCGAGGGAGGCGCUAUCUCUCUUUCCCUGGGGCUGAAGACCAAGCGCCUCCCCUCUUCUCCAUGUCUCCUGAUCCAUUUCCAUGGAGGAGGCUUUGUGGCACAGACCUCCAAGUCUCAUGAGCCCUAUCUAAAGAGUUGGUCCCAGGACCUUGGUGUUCCCAUACUGUCAGUGGACUACUCUCUGGCCCCUGAGGCACCCUUCCCACGCGCCCUAGAGGAAUGUUUCUAUGCCUACUGCUGGGCUUUGCGAAACCACCACCUAUUAGGAUGGACUGGAGAGAAGGUGUGUCUGGCUGGUGACAGUGCAGGAGGCAACUUAUGUGUGACGACAUCGAUGCGUGCUGCUGCUUUUGGCGUGCGAAUGCCAGAUGGCAUCGUGGCAGCCUAUCCAGCUACCCUGCUGACGGCCUACGCAUCCCCUUCCCGUCUGCUAACACUCAUGGAUCCCCUGCUGCCACUCAGUGUGCUCUCUAGGUGUCUCAGUGCCUACGCAGGCAGUGGGCCACAGACCGAGAAGCAGGUGGAGAAGGUGAGCACGCUGAGCCUGGUGAGGAGAGACACUGCACUUCUGUUGCGAGAUUUCCGACAGGGAGCCUCCAACUGGAUCCACUCUCUGCUUGAUUCUACCAGAGCUUCAGCCUCCACCAGCACAGCACCAGAGGCACCAACAGAAGCCACAGAUGCAGUGAGGAAGAGCAUUUCAGAGGCGAACAUCUCUUCUCCUCACACAGACCCACCUGUCCCCACGGAUCUCUCGGAGUUCCCCAACAGGAAAUUAUCAGUGAAGAGCCAGACGUGCCAGAACUUGGGAUCCCACAACAAUCCCAUUCCGAGCAGUGCACCGCUGCUCUCUGAGCGUGCUCCAGAAGAUGUCAGUUUCUUCUUUGCCAAAGAUGAAGAUCCCUCAGUGAUCACUGACCUGUCUUCAGUGGCCAUACCACCCCCUGCUGGUGAGGAGGGUUCACAGCAGGAGCACCCCAGGGAAUUUCCUCUUGGGUUUGAGCCACUGCGCUCAGAGCAACUGGCAGAGAUGAAGGUGGAGAGCUCUCCAGUGGUCAAGGAUCCUUUCUGCUCACCUCUGCUGGCCCCUGACAGCAUGCUGAAAGGGCUGCCACCUGUACACAUAGUGGCUUGUGCACUAGACCCCAUGCUGGACGACUCUGUAAUGUUUGCCAAGCGUCUGAGGAACAUAGACCAGCCCGUCACUCUGUGUGUGGUGGACGACCUACCCCAUGGCUUUCUCAGCCUAUCUCAACUCUCAAGGGAGACAAGGGAGGCUGCCAAUGUCUGUGUGGAGCGAAUUCGCGCCGUCUUCACACAGGACACACCCCCAGAGCCACGGAAGCACCGCAAGCUGGAACGGACCGACGGGGGUGUGUCAGCAUCUUCAGGGGAAACCAGUUCUCUCUUUGUUGGCCCCAUUGAGGGAGGAGAGCUAGCUGUCGGGAGAGGGGCUAAAAUUGCUGAUGGGGAGGGCUCAGUUGCUGUGGCAGCCCAGAAUAACACCGAUGCUGGUGGCAUCGGGGCUUAAAUAAGGUUAGAUAAUAAAAAGGGGGUCUGCAUUUCACUCGAGGAGCGAAGGGAGGAGUAAAUCAAAGUCGCACAAAUUUAGGCAAUGCAGUGUCUAUAUGCAAGACAAAGCAUCCUGAAAAACAGACAGGGGGUGGGAAAUGCAGUCUAGCAUAUCGCCCAGUGUUUGAGAGACAAAAAAACAGCAGAGGAGGAACACUGAAAUAUAACUUCCUCUGCUUUACAAUUCUUGCCACUUGUCUGUGCACCAUUAUACACCAACGCAAAUCUGGCAGACAAAAUGAACACACCCACAAGAGACAGUCAUGUUUUAGAAUAAAAUAAUUAUUUAGCAGCUACUUAGAUCAAAGACCAGCACUCACCCACACACACAGCAGUCGUACUUAACAGAGUUGCUGUGAGGCACCAAAGGCUUGGACAUAAAGCAGCACCGACUAUUCUUGAGACGAGGUCUGAAUGGGUGAUUCAUAUAGGCUGAGGCAGUGAUUCGAGGCCCUAAUCAGAUAGUAGUAGGGACACUAUAUACUUCUGUGUGGAGUCACCUCUAUCAGAAUGGCCAUUUGUCCGUUAGGGAGCGACUCUAAAUAACACUUAAUAACUCCACAUUGUGUUCUCAAUUACGCCAGUUUAGCAGUCAAUACAGCUCACUUUGUGGAUGGUAACUGUGUUGACUCUCUCCAAAAUAGAAUUACAAAGCUAGAACAACAGCGUGAAACACUCGAAACUGGAUGGAUUGAUUCACUUCUUUUGUCAUAUUUGUUGCAGUUUUUAAUCAUUUUAUGAAUUCUAUGCAGUAGUAUUAGUUUUGUUAUUUAUAUCAGUUUUCAUUGUAGUUAUGCCAGGCUUAAUUUUUCUUUUCUAUUCUAUAUUAUAUAAUCCAGUCUUUUCAUUUUUUCCCCCAUGUUUUUCAGUGCGCUGAAUAUUUACCUCUGCUUUUGUGUGUGUGUGUGUGUGUGUGUGUGUGUGUGUGUGUGUGUGUGUGUGUGUGUGUGUGUGUGUGUGUGUGUGGCAGCAGCUGUUCUGACAUCGCUGGCCUUUCCAAUUAAGCUUCUGUUCUACCCUCAGCAAUAUACAAUGAUCAGAGUAAAUGUAGAACAUUACACAGGGACAGAGUGCCCUGCCUUGAGCAUUUUGUAGUGAUAUAAUAAUGCUAGUAUAAAGACUGGACUGCAUUAAUUUGUAGACAAGUACAGACUUAGGAUACAUCUUGUAGGUCUUUCACUGACAAUCAUUGCUUUUAUAUUUAAAAAAAAAACAACUUUUUUUCUUUAAUGCCUCUUCUUUUUUAUUUUACAGCAGCAGAAAGCCCAGCUCUCAGCUGUCAAUACACAUUUAAAAUUUCACUACAAUGAUUUCCUUUCAAGUUGCCCUGGUCACUCAGUGUGCUGCUGUUCACUACUUCUCUGCACAGUAGAGGCUGUGUCAAAGUGCCACUUCUCUGUAGCCGUGGGAUUUUCGGCCCGACAACUUAUUUUUUUUUUUAAUUACAAAUUGGAGGCUUUUAGGAAAGACUUAAGCAAAGAAAAGAGAUUGCAGAGGUGCACUGUAAAAGCCACUAAGACUUGUAUUUGACCAACUAAACGUGUCUGGUCCAUCAUAUAUUUUUAGCUCCCCACUGUCAGAUUUGGGCUUUUCUUUGUUUUCGAUAACGUGGGGACACUCCCUUUUGCAUGUUGCUAUUGAAGCACUUUAAAGUAUGCAAAAAUGUCCUUUGUAGGGUCAGUCCCUCUAUCACGUCCAACUAAAUAUAGAUGCCAACAAUGCUGGCACUGUCCUGCCCUUGCCUGGUAAGAAGGCUGGGGUUGCCAGGUCUGUAGAGAGGGAUGCUGUGUGAUGAAUUGGAUUUAGCUGAUGCUCCGAGAGCAAAAUCCUCCCCCCGUUGAAGAGCAGGAUUUUCAGUAGGAAAGUCAUGCUACAGGAUUAUACCAUACUCAGUUGUCAGCUUCAAGUACUUACUGCAGUAUUUUUAGUCAGAUUGAUGGAGAGAACAAGGACUGAGAAGAGGAAGAAAGUUACAGUUGCUCUUUCCAAGAUGCUGGGCUGAAGCAAGUGUUUGCUUUACUAGCCGCUGUUUAUGCUCACUGUGCACUUUUGCAGUAGUUGCACUGUCGCUCAGUACAAGUUUAAUUUAAGCAAAGCUUGCACAUGUCACCUCCCUCCCCUCUGCCCCGCUUUGUGCCUCUGUCUGUGGCUGAAAUGGAGAAUGGAUGCACACAUAAUCACAGUUGUCUGUUACGUGUGGAGAAACAUGAGCUCUUUGUGUUAUGUGUUCAUAUCAGACGGAAUGGCACUUCACACUCUAAACUAUUAAUAGUAUUAAUUAACUGUUGUUGAGAGAUGUGUCUCCAAUGUAGUCAAGCCUCUGUGAGACAACAGUUUUUGUCUGAUAUACUGUACACAACCUCAUCUGUACUGAAGUCAACACCGCACAGGACGAACAACAAAGCUGACGGGUCAUUAGCAGUUUCUUGUAUUAGGAAUUUGAGUUAACUAGCUUUAUUUUGAUUCUGUUUAAACUGUGUCAAAUUCUUAUAGGCCUUCCUAUGCCUCAUAUCCUUGAUGACCCUCGUGCAUCAGGCUAACCUGAGUGCAGGCGAUGGACCAGGGAGUCCUUGUGGUGUUCUGAUCAGACAUAGGCUUGCUGAUUCUCAUUUUUGCUUCUUUUGUUGAAUUGUUUGGUGCUUUAAUGCAGCCUACAACUAUUAGCUGAAAUAUUUUGUUAAAUAUUGAUUGAUUUUUAGCUCUUGGUUGAUGUCGUCUCAUGUGUUGAUUCUUUUGUUUAAUGAGCAGCUGCUGUGGUAGUUUUUUUAAUAUGGCUGCUUUAUUAUCAUUAUUAUUAUCAUUAUUAUAAUUAUUAGUUCAGUCUCAACUUGUGCAGUAUACCUCUAUGGAUUGACUCUAUUCACUAGAGAUUUUCUUUGCCUCAGGCUGAUUUCUGUGAAAUGCAAUGCGCAGUGCAAUACUGCUACAAACAUACAAACAUGAGCCAUUGGGGCAACAUUUGCAGCAAACUUGUGUAGUUACACACCAGCAAAAUAUUUUUUCUUUUCAUUCCCCGCUUCCUCCAUCAUAGGAUUUUUUUAUUUUUUAUUUUUUUUCCUUUGGUGCAAUAUGUUUGACUCACCUCGAGCUUACACUUCACAGCCCAUAUGUAGGUUCCUUGAAGUUUGCUUUCUUUUCAAACGCCUCGGUGUGUUAAACUGACUUUAAGCACUUUGCAGAAAUGUUACAUGUCAUUCAUUUAUGGAUAAAGUUUCACGUUGAACCAAAGACUGAAGCCAGAGUGUUGUAACAGAGAUGUGCUGACAUUACUGCUUAAUGUUCACUGUUAUUGUUGAAAAUGCAGGUGCUAGUCAGUGUCAUAGUCUGCCUGCACUCCAUAUGCAAAUUGCACUGCAUCAAUUCUGAUGUAGAAUAUGAUUAGCCUUUGAGGGGGGGAAAAAAAAGAAAAGAAAAAAAAGCUUGUAUACAUGACAAGCCAUAGACUGUAAAAGUGAGAUGUUUUUAAGUUUACUUGUUUUGUUGCUGUUGUUUAAGAACACCGAAAGUGCAAACCCAUGAAUAAAAAGAAUGUAUAUUAAACAUUAUGAUUUAUGUAGAUAUUUUUACUUAAAUUUGUUAAUCAGAUUGGUUGCAGAUUGAUUUGACUGCAUUUCUUUGCAGGUUCUAUGUUAGGGUGAUGUGUCUGCUGCGCCAGGCUAGUUACUGCCUUUGAUUUUUAUCCAAAUAAAAUUCUGUCAUGAA